AUGGCGAAGAUAAGAAGAUCUUCGUAUCACGAUGUGGUGAGAGUACAAGACAUUGAAGAUGAGUUGGACACAAGACCAAAAAGAAUAGUAAAAGUUGCAGAAACACUUCGCCUUGCGAGAUAUGCAGAAGAAAUAUUUCAAACGCUUUUCGUUUUUGUUCUUUGGGAUUUUGUAUGGACAAAGAAGGGUGAGAAUGAGAAUGGGAGCAGUGACCAGACCAUAAAUAAUGCAGAAAAUUUAAGGGAAAUAGAAGAAGAGGAAAUUACCAGAAGAUUGGCAUCAAAAAAGGGUAGAUCAAAUUCAAGGAAAAGAAAGAAAACUUCAGGGGCUUACUCGAAAUCAAGGAAAAAAAAGAAAACUUCGGGGGCUACCUCGAAUUCAAAGCAAAUAAAGGAAAAUCCAGUGGCUACUUCAAAUUCAAGAAAAAGAAAGGGAAAUCCUCGUAGGGCACCUUUCUAUUAA